AUGGCCCCUUUUCUACGCCACUAUAUCUUUUGGGCUAUACCGACGGACCUUAGUGAUAAGCAUCUUGGCGACGCAGAUAAAUUGGUCGACUGUGAUCCACGAUACGGCCGCGAUAGCGAUUUUUACGAUCAGCGCUACGCCCAAUCACCAAUAGCUGAGCCCCUUUCCGAUAACAUGGUACACCUGGUGCGGUCUCAACUAGUUACCCUGUUCUACGAAUCUAUCGCAUAUGGCCACCUACAAACCUUUGAUUUUAAGUACGGAUGGUACGAAUAUAUCGGUAAUGGUAUGCGAUCUUACGGCCAACCCCGUUUGCACCCUAGAAUGUUCGUUCCCCGUAACCCCAGUGUUCGGGGACACCUAUUGGAAUACGCAGACGUGCAAGUUGCUGUUUAUUUCGAUCAGCUUAACGACUAUUCGCCGUUUCACGAGGGGUUUUCGAGUAGAACGCUUGGCAGGUUUCAGCAGUUUGCUAAGCCCAUCGGCUUAACGGGAAGCGAGCCCAGGGACAUCAAAGGCAUACGAGAGUUCCACAGUAGCCUUUGCGAUGUAAUUUCCAUUGGAUUAAGCCAACAGAUGCUCCCCAAACCAGGUUCACCGACGUACCACCCUGUCCAGCCGUGCCUACAGCCUGGGUGCCCGGAACAGCCACAGCUCAUCAUCCGGAGGACGUAUAAAGAACAAGGCCAAGAAAUGGCGCACUUGUUUCGAGCAAUCGUCAUCAUUGUGGAUAAUCAAGUGAUACGAUAUAAAGAGCCCGAAUUCCUUGCUCUUAUACGUACAACCGGCUGCUAUGAGACGAGACUCCCAGAUACCCAGGGACGACGGGAUUGGAACGUUUCCCAGGAUGCGGUUCUGUUGUUUAGGACGGGAGACGAUGCACAUUUAAGUUCUCCCAUUAGCUUCCAGUCCUUAUAUGACCCAGGAAAAGCAUUGCCGGUGAACAGACGAAAUUGCGAUGAUGAUGGCACAAAUGUAGUCCGAGUCAAUAUCGAUAUAGCGCUCGAGUUCAUUUUGGACCUAAUCGUCCGGGAGCGGGAAGCGAUACCGUCCGUUGGUUUGGCAGCCGCGACAGAGUACAGACAACACCUGGAAGUCUGCGAAAAGUGGGUUGAUGGUGUUAUGGAUCAUGCUGGAAGAGUUGGUAUCGACACAAACGGCUUUACGUGGCACGCUGUUCGUCGAGCUCAGGCCGCGCAGAACGGGGAGGCUUUCGAUUAUUACCAAAUCGAGCCGACGUGGAACCAUCUCGGUGUAAUUAAUCUACCAUCCGGCUAG